AUGGCAAAAAUCGCUACAUCAUUUGUAAAUCACUACAAAUUGACACCACAAACUAGUUUACCACAGCUUAGUACUUAUGUUGAAGAGUUAAAUAGUAAACUCUCAGAUGGUAAGACAAAAGAGCAGGCUCGAAAAGCUAGAGAUCAGGCUAAAAGACGCUUCCAACAGUUGGGAUUGAGUAAGGAGCAAGCUGAUACUCUUAUUCCUAUUCGAGCUCCUGGGAGAUAUGUUGAUGAAAGAGACCCUAUCAAAAUUAUUGCUCGAGAUAUUAUAAAAAAUGAUCUCUCACCUGAAGAGAUAAAUGGAAUAGCAUACGACUUGGCUUCUUCUGCUCCUACUACUGCAACGAAAAUACCCUUUAUUACUGAAGAAGCAAACCAGAUUCAAGCAAGAAAACGUAUACUUCGUGGAAUUAAUGGUUACAAUUGUCCCGAGUUCUUUUACUUGGAAAAAGUUCAGGAAAGACUCAACAAAUGUAAUAUUACCAAGCCUCCUUCAAUGCAAAAUCUAAUAGAUAUAAUGAUAAUGCUAUGUAUGCGAUCGGCAGAUGUGGAAACUCUUCGUAUUAAUCGAUACAGACCAAGUAGUGAGUCAUGGUAUAAUCCUGACUAUUCUUGGUACUGUAUUGGUUAUGCAAAAAAUAAAGGUGAAGUAGAAGAACCAAUACGAGCAAGAGAAAUACUUAUCUGGAUUCAGAGAUCAAUACCAGAUAAAUUUCCCUUCUUGUUAAAAGAUAAGAAUGGAAAUACUAAUGUUGCACCUCUUAAUCAAUUCCUAAGUUGCCAUAGAAUUACCUCAUUUAUAUUAAGAAAAAUAGGAGCUGAUCAUGCUUCCAGAGUACAUGGAGGUAGGAAUGAUUCCUGCCGUCAAUAUUUACGGCAAUUGGCAUGUAGGCAUAAAAUAGGCCAUGCUUCAUCAGUUGAACAUUAUGGUGUAAUGAAUGACAGACCAAAUACUCCAGCACCUAAACAAGAAAAUACACGUAUACGCAUCCCAUCAAUAGACAAUUCAGAGUCAGACCCAGAUUCAGAUGAAGACGAGGAUGAGGACUCAGAUGUGGUAUCCAUUACAAUGAAAAUUUUAUAUUGUGAAAUUAACGAAACACCAGUUACAGUUGUAUUAGAUUCCGGUGCUAAUUGUAAUAUUAUAGGUAAGAGUUUAGUAGAUGAAUUAGGUUUGGAAAUUGAUUACCCUCAUAUAGAAUCUGAAAAAUCACCACAUAUAUUAGGGUUACCAAUACUAGGGAUGUUCCAUGAAAUAAAUCCCUCUUUUCAAUCCAAAGAUAAUAAAUCAAAGCAAGUAAAAGUUACUGACAUUUUUGUUACCAAUAAACCCGAACUUGAAUACAUACUGAUAUUGGGUCAGCCAUGGUUCCAGGAAAAUGCAAUGAAGCUGGACUUUCCAAAUAAAACUCUUACAUUGCUCGAUGGAACUGAUAUACAAUUAGUUAUUGGACCAAAAAUUCCACCACCAACACAACUCAAUCGGUCUGUGGAUGAUUACUUCAAGAUGAUAAAGGUAUAUGCUAUAGCAUUGGAUAUCGAAUUAGAUAAUCAAUACCUUAAGAGAACUUUCUUUAAUGGCCUAUCACGAGAUAAUAAAAAAGAAGUAAUUCGAUUCGGCUUUAAAAAGUCUCUGAGUGAAAUAGUCAAUCACUUGAAUAGAAUCUCAUCCGGAUAUACUGAUUUUCAAAAUUUUCAAUUCGGGAAUUUGAGACAAGAGGAGAGUUCUAUAAUGGAUUUUUACAUGAAAGUAAAAAAAUAUUGUAAAUUAGCUGGAUGUAACGAAGAUCAUCUUAAACAUCAAUUUAUCCGUGGAUUGUCACCCGAGAAUCAGAUAGAAACCAGAAGAUGUGGAUUGGACCUUCCAUUAGAAGAGCUAGUAGAAAGGCUGAGCGGAAUUGAGAAUGUCAGAAAAAUUCAAACGCGUUCUUGUCCAAAACUUAAACAUCUUGAGCUUGGCAACUGUUCGAUUGGUAAUAAAGCUGUCGAGGAAAUAGCCUGUAACUGUAAUAAUUUGAAAUAUCUUAGCUUGGAGGGAUGUAAAGGGAUUAGUAAAGAAGUAAUGGAAAAACUUAAUCCUAAAAUUAGUGUAAGUAAGCCUUCGGCUAAAAUCGAAUAUCCUGAUUAUUCAGAUGAUAUAUGGUCCAAUUCUCAUCCACCUCUACCUAUUCCAAUCUAUACUGGUACAUUAUUAGAUGAAACAGAUAUUAUUUCUGCAUUCAGUAAUUGUAUCAGAGAGAUUGAAGGAAAAAUCCCAGUAAAAGCAUUAAUCGAUACAUCGUCGAAGUUUAAUACCAUUAGCAAGAGCUUGUUCGAUAAGCUUGGAGAAGAUUAUGGGUUGGGAUGUCUAUCUGAUGAUGAAUUGAUCGGUAAAGAAAUAAAAUGCUUAGAUUUACAGUUUCACUAUAAAGGAAAGUGGCGAAGCUUAGAUUGUACUGAAUUAAUAGACUUUCAAAUUUGCAAAAAUCCAUCAGUUGAUUUGAUAUUGGGACAAGAAUGGUUAUGGAUGCGUGAAGCAAAAAUAAGCUUUGAACAUUCUCCCAAAACCUAUGUCCAUCAUGCUAAAAUUGUAAUAGAUGGUAUGAGUAUCCCAUUAAUCGAAGAAAAUAGUAAUAAAGACAACUCUGGUCUAGCUCAAGAGGAGUUUAUGAAUAUAAUCAACAAAAUUCUCUCAGGUGCUCAAGAUAUUAAACACCAAAAGAGUCAUCAUGGAAUAUUUCGCAACAUACCCCUUGUACCUCCAACACCCAGAAGAUUGGACGAUGAUGCUUCCAAAAAUAGCGGAGCUGGUAAGAUUAAGAAAUAUCCUAAAGUAGAUUUAGGUGAUGGGAGUGGAAAUCUUUCAAUCAAAACGCACCUCAAUAAUAUUUGGAGGUUGGUUCAUUCUAUAGAAAAUGAUAUAGAGUAUAGAAUUUUUGAAAAACUUUGUAUUAUUGAAUAUGAACUAAGUUGUAUAAAUAAAGCAAAGCUACCAUGGAUAAAAUCUGAGACAGAGACUAAUUCAUCCAGCUCUGAUUCAGAAUCCACAGGUUCAGACUGGUGUGAUCUUGAUCCAAUAAAACCGUGA